UGAGCAGACGGGCAGAGGGGGCAGAGCGGCCACGAUGAGGUGCUGCCGCGUCUGCGUCUUCGGUAAGUUGUGGCUUUGGUCCGCACCUGUGGUCCUCAGGCCGAGGCUGAGUGGCCCCGCCCUGCACGGCUGCUAUCUGCCCCUCCCCCUACCUUGCAGACGCCGUCCGAGGGCCCAGGCGGCUGAUGCGCGUGGGACUCGCGCUGAUCCUGGUGGGCCACGUGAACCUCCUGGUGGGAGCUGUGCUGCAUGGUACCGUCCUGCGGCACGUGGCCAACCCCCGUGGCGCGGUCACUCCUGAGUACACCACAGCUAAUGUCAUUUCUGUGGGUUCGGGACUACUGAGCAUUUCCGUGGGACUUGUGGCCCUCUUGGCAUCCAGGAACCUUCUUCGCCCACGACUGCACUGGGCCCUGCUGACGCUGGCCUUGGUGAACCUGUUCUUGUCUGCUGCCUGCUCCAUGGGCCUCCUCCUGGCUGUAUCGCUCACUGUUGCCAAUGGUGGCCGCCGUCUUAUUGCUGAUUGCCAUCCAGGACUGAUGGAUCCUUCGAUACCGCUGGACCAGGGGCCUGGGCACACUGACUGCCCCUUUGAUCCCACAAGAAUUUAUGAUACAGCCUUGGCUCUCUGGAUCCCUUCUCUGUCCAUGUCUGCAGCCGAGGCUGCUCUUUCUGUGUACUGUUGUGUGGCUGCACUCACGCUACGGGGCAUUGGGCCCUGCAGGAAGGAAGGGUUGCAGGGACAGCUGGAGGAACUGACAGAGCUUGAACUUGCAGAGUGUAAAAGGCAGGAGAAUGUGCAGCUGCUCCACCCCCAUCAGGAUUUCCAGGCCUUACAGAAAACCUGGGUUUAGGACAGGUGAAGGCCCUGGGGUGGGAUGCAUCCUUGGGGACUGGGGCUAACCUUUUGCUAUGUUGCUUGCUCUCUUGACUCAGGUUGUCUCUUUUCUUUAACAGGCAGGGACUCUUCUGAGGUGCAGUCCACAGGUGUUUUCUACUAUGCACAGGGCCCUGACCUUAGGGUGGUAUAAAUAAUUGUAAUAAAAGAACUUGUGUUUUGUCUUC